GUAGAGCAUCGAGCAAGAUGGCAGCCUCCGAGGCUGUUAGGCUACGGCUUCAAUUUGAUUAUCCGCCGCCAGCCACCCCGCACUGCACGGACUUUUGGCUUCUGGUCGACUUGAACAGAUGUCGAGUAGUUACGGAUCUCAUUAGUCUCAUCCGCCAGCGCUUCGGCUUCAGUUCCGGGGCUCCCCUCGGCCUUUACUUGGAGGGGGGGCUUUUGCCCCACGGCGAGAGCGCGCGUCUGGUUCGAGACAACGAUUGCCUCACAGUAAAAUUAGAAGAGAGAGAAGUCGCUGAGAAUCCUGUAAUAGUCAGUAACGGUGAUGGUACUCAUUUCUUACCUAGAAAAGCAAAGAAGCGGUCAUUUAAGUUGGAAGAGGAUGAAGAAACUGAUUAUAGAAAUUCAAAGAAGCAUUGGAAGAGGCAAGAGAACAACAACAACGAGAACACCUUGGAUUUAGAACCAAAAGCUGUCACAGAUCAGAGUGUGAAGAAAAGAAACAAGAGGAAAAACAAAGUCACAUGUGAUGCAGUAGAUGAUGAUGAUGCUGAUGAUGGUGAAGAGACCAAAAAAAAAUCACCAAAGAAAAAGGAGAAAUGUGUAUAUAGAAAACAGACAAAGAAUCCCAAGUUUUCUAAAGCACAGACAGUGAAAGAGUGGACUGUCCAGAAGCAUAGUCCUCCAAAGGGCUCUCCUGCUAGAAACAGCCUAGUUAACGCCAAAAGGAAAGGCGGCGUGGACGUUCAUGCAAAAGAUAGUCCCAGUUCCUCCUCAGAGUCUGAGUCUGGUCAUGAAUCAACCAGCGAUGGUCUCAGCAAUGUCAUCUUGGAGGUCAGAAAGUCCUCAGAGAAAAUAUCAACUGCAUUAUCAAAGGAAGGGUCCUCUAUAAAAAACACGACUGCAAACAAAGCAGCCACAAAAACUAGCUUUAACUCUAUCCCCAUCGAGGACAAGACAGCCAGAACAUCAUCUUCUAGUUCAGACUCUAGCUCAGAGUCAGAUGACGAAUGCGUGAUGCCAAAGAGCCCGCUGAACAAGGCUGCGAGCCUCUUAAAGGCAGUAGGCCUGUUUGCAGGAAGAGGUUGUCCAGGUCCGGGGCCGUCGUUACAGACUCCAGAUGCUACGGGAUGGAAGCACAGUGACUCAAACAGCAGCAGACAGGCUCCUGGUCCUCCUCCCAAUGUGACUCUCCCUGCCAGUUUGGGAAGAGGGUGGGGUAGAGGAGAGGACCUUCUUUCUCAUAAGGGAGUGAGGGGUCGGGGCAUGCGGGGGAGAGGUCGGGGACGAGGGCUUGCUCUUCCCUCUGUUUUAAAUAGAAAUGCUGAAUGUCCGAAGCAGCAGCAUUUAAAUGACGUGCUAACAAACGCAUCUACUAUUAUCCAGAAUCCAGUAGAGACACAUAAGAAGGACUAUAGUCUGUUACCAUUGUUAGCAGCUGCCCCCCAAGUUGGAGAAAAGAUUGCAUUUAAGCUUUUGGAACUAACAUCUGAUUAUUCUCCUGAUGUCUCUGACUACAAGGAAGGAAAAAUACUAAGCCACAAUCCAGAGACCCAGCAAGUAGAUAUAGAAAUUCUUUCAUCCUUACCCGCCAUGAAGGAACCUGGGAAAUUUGAUUUGGUUUAUCACAAUGAAAAUGGAACUGAGGUGGUGGAGUAUGCUGUGACGCAGGAGAAGAGGAUCACUGUUUUUUGGAGAGAGUUGAUUGAUCCAAGGCUGAUUGUUGAGUCUUUGAAUAGCACAUCAAGUACAGAGCUUGCCUGAGUAUGACGUCUCCACCACAUAGUUUAUAAAUGCCUUGUUUGUGAAAGUGACUAUAACCUGAACUUUAAAAAAAAAAGAUCUGAAAGUUGUAUGCAUUUUUUUAGUUAUCUUCACUGUACUGCAUAGGACAAAAUAUCUACCUCAUCAUUUAAAAUACAUGGGUGUAUUGCUUUUCUAGACCUUUUUUUCAGGUUUAAAUUUUAGUGACAAGAAUUUAAAACAUGACAUUCCCUGUAGGCAUUGUUAUAUAUCAGUAUGUAUGGUUUCUUGUCUUUUUUAUUUUUUGACCAUCAGGUAGCCGUUGUCAGAAGCAGUUUAUAAAUAUCAAGUACAAGAAAGUGCUGCAUAUCUUGUCUCAGUAAGAUUUAUUAAGUAACAUUGUACAACAUGAAAGCAUGUUACUUGACCUAAUUUUUUACAUUUGAGUUGUUCUAUUAAAUGUGGAACAUCUUAUACAUUUCAAAUAUUUUAUAAUUGUAAUUGUCAAGAACUAACCAGUAGUUGGGUAUGUUGCAGACAGUGAGUAAGAAACCCUUUCACGUUAUUCUCAACUGCGAAGUAAAGGGUUGUUAGGGUGCCGCGCAGAGCAGCCAACAUAAGGCCUGCUGUGUGUGCCUGGGGAGGACGCCUGUUUCACUCGGCGAGGGGGUUUACUGUGAGUUCAGGCCAGGAAUGUAUUACCUUUGCUAGAAGAUCUCAAGCCCCUGGCCGAGUGUGCUGGAGUGAGGAUCUUGAACAGAAACUUCCCUUCCUGUUACUACUCAACACGAAGCUAAAAUGACGACUGUGAAAAUUGCUUUCUUUUAACGAAAGAUCGGAUCCCUCCA